CUUCUCGAAUGUCUGUUCGUCUCACAAACGAUACGACCUACCUAACGGGCAAUGAAGGUCAGAAAUUUCGAACAGUUUUCUCUGAAAAUGCUCCGUUGCAGAGUUAGAGCGCUUCCGCCAUUGUACGGCUGAUGCGUAGUCGGCCAUUUUUAUCGCUGAGGAAAAUGCGCAUGCGCUUAUAUGGGUCCGCUUGCUCUGUGUAUCUUGAAGGCACGAGAAGUCACAACGAAGGGCGUGUAUCGACUCCCACAUGCUAUCUACUACUGUAGCUAGCCCGUGUCUGCGGGAGAACACGAGUAUACUAGCAGCCCAGCC